AUGAGUCGUCAUUGACAGCGCAGAAAGUGUCUCUCUUAAAUAUUCGCGCAGCUCCCGCAGCGGCGUCAUUCCUGCCGUCCUGCAAUAACUCUCCCUCCGCUGAGUGGUCAGCGCGGCUCUACAUCACUGAACCGAGAAUUGAACGCUUACGUGCUCAGUUAUGAUGUUCUCUUAAUCGGUAAAAAAAAAAAAAAAUCGCUGAACGGCGUGGCUGGCUGCUCUCUUUCAGCCUGUAGUUAGCUUAGCUCACUAACAUUCGCGACGUUUCGGUAGGCGAGUAAAUGGGAUAGCUGUUCCUCGUUGCGUUUUACCGCAAGAGGCAGUUCUGCUGUCCGUCCGAGGCUGAGCCUGUGCAGUCCGCACACACCUCCCUAUUAGAGAGCGUCAUGGAGCCGCACGGGGCCGCGGGCUGCGUCAACAUCGGGACCUUGACGAGCACCCUGCCGGUGAUCCCCUACCAGAAGCUGACCGACUUGUACUACCUGAGCAGAGGAGGCUUCGGCACCGUCUUCAAGGCGCAGCACUCCGACUGGAGAACCACGGUGGCCAUCAAGUGCCUGAAGCUCGACUCGGUCGGAGAAAGAGAGAGGAAGUGCUUGCUGAAGGAGGCCGAGGUGCUCCACAAAGCCAGGUUCAACCACAUCAUCCAGAUUUUUGGCAUCUGCAACGAGCCCGAGUUCUUCUGCAUAGUGACAGAGUUCAUGAGCAACGGCUCUCUGGACCAGCUGCUGCACGAGAAGGAGCUGUACCCGGUCCUCGCCUGGACUCUGCGCCUGAGGACUCUGUACGAGAUCGCCUUGGGGGUCAACUUCCUCCACAACAUGACCCCGCCUCUGUUACAUCACGACCUGAAGACACAGAACAUUUUGCUGGACGGAGAAUUUCACGUGAAGAUCGCAGACUUUGGUCUGUCCAAGUGGCGGCAGCUGUCUGUGAGUAAAGGCUCCGGGUCCAAGCCCACCGAGAUGGAGGGCACCGUGAUCUACAUGCCCCCUGAGGAGUACGACCCAUCCAAGACCCGGCGGGCCGACGUGAAGCAUGACAUGUACAGCUACGCCAUCAUCAUGUGGGAGGUCCUGUCCAGGCAGAUUCCAUACGAAGAGGUGACCAACCCCAUGCAGAUCAUGUUCGGCGUGCUGCGCGGGAAGCGACCCGACACCAGCCAGGACAGCCUGGCCGCCGACAUCCCCGGCAGAGACACGCUCAUCAGCCUGAUGACCAGCGGCUGGACCUCCAACCCCGACGAACGGCCCUCCUUCCUCACGUGUUUGAUCGAGCUGGAGCCGAUGGUGAGACUGUACGACGAAAUUGAUUUCCUGGAAGCUGUGCUGCAGAUCAAGAAGUCAAAGCUGAAUUGGAGUUCAGGCUGCUGCUCAGCUCAGCCGCCGGCCUGCAAGAAGAGCAACGAGGCCGGGUCUCUGAACGACCUGAAGGAGCCCGUCACCCCGUGGCCUUUGGGAGCCUCCCAGGCCUGCUGCUCUGGCUUAUACUCCCCCCAGGAAGAAAACGUGUCUCUACCAGGUGCACUCAUCAGCACCAGUCCCGCUUCCUCUAAACAGAGCCUUCCCUCCUCCUUCAUCGCUCCGAACCUGGAGCAUCCGCAGUCUCUGAAGGAUCCCUGCGAGGUCAGCAUUCCCAACGGCUUCCAGAGCGCCAAACCCAUGAACGACUUGAACAUUCCCGUCACGCCCGCCAUGCCCACCACAGAGGCUGACGCAGCCAUGCAGAACCUCAGCCUGAAAGCUGAGUACUCUCCCCCCCAGCACCAGGCCCCUCCCUCCCGGGGCCCCGUCGCCGACUGGAUCUCCACGCGGCGCGAGGACAUCGUCCUCCAGAUGACGGAGGCUUGUCUGAACCAGAGCCUGGACGCGCUGCUCGCCCGCUCCAUGCUGAUGCGCGAGGAUUACGAACUGGUGGUCAACCAGCCCACGCGCACCGCUAAGGUCCGCCAGCUGCUCGACAACUGCCACAAGCACGACGAGGACUUCUGCCGGAUCGUCGUGCGCAAGCUGGUGGAAAACAACCAGGGAGGGCUGAAGCCGUACCCACCUGAGUUCAGCUCGCCCGUCUCGGCCGCAGCGCCCGGUGUGCCGUCCUUCUCCACGUCCUACAGCAACUACAGAAACUUUUAACAGCAGCAGCAGCAGCAGGCGGGGGAAAGCAAACGGAAACUCUUCAGGUUGACGGCACGACACUACAGUUCACACUCCGUGGCUCUGCUCUCAACAUAUUGGCUCUGGUCUUCAUGUGAUAGACCCAACACAAGGUCGAUAUUAUUCUGCCUUUUCUGAUAAGGAAAAGGUCAGAAGAGCUUAGCAGGAUCGGUUACCGGUACCAACCCAAUAUUUAUGCUGAUAAUGAGAUGUUUUUAUGUAACCAAAAGGCUGUAAGACUGUAUCAGUGAAUUUAUUCAAAAUAGGUGUGAUUGGAGAGGAUUCAGGUAGAUUUUAAGGUAGAGAUGCACCGAUCCACUUUUUUUCACUUCUGAUACCGAUACCAAUAUCUGAGGUUUAGUAUUUGCCGAUUUGAUGCAGAAAAACAGCUGAAUUGUCUUCAAACUGAAAAAUUAUACUGAAUUACAACUUUAUUCAAUAUGCAGAGUUAAUUUGAUAACUCUGCAUCAGUACGGCUCACUUAAAUACACAAACCGCUUCAUAAGCUUUGGUCAAACAUGUAAAAACAACUUUCAUUUGUUCAGUCAGUUCAAUUAUGAGUAAAACAGUCAAAAUAAAAUAAAUAGUAGAGAAACUGAAACUGAUAAAAACAAUAAGUUGACUGUCUUAGUCAAACAACAAAUCUUUCUUCAAAUGGUUCAGAAAGUGAAAUCAGAAAUUCUAAAAAUAAUGUAAAAAGAAAAAGCAUGAUGUCACUCAGAACACAUCUCUUUAUAGAUCGGACAUAUUUUCACAAAUACAAGAUUUAUCAUUUUUUUCAAUAUCGGGACCAUUAUAUUGGAUCGGUGGACCUGUAAUUACAGGGUUUAAUUAACAGCAGUACCAAAUGCAGUUUGGGUCUAACUGGUGUGUGUUCAGAGUGUGUACAGACCUCCUUGUUGGUUCUUAUUUAAUUGGAUCGAAGUAGCAGUUGUAUCUGAAGGAAGUAUUUCUUUCUCUGGGUUGUUCGUUGACGCUUCAGUCCAGUUUGAAUUAGUCCCUCAGUCUCUCUGUGUGGGUUCAGACUGCAAUACAGAGGCUAAAUAUGUAGAGACGUUAUCAUAAGUUCAGAUUCAUCUUCAGUCAUAUUGAUCUUGUAUUAUAAAAUACAGAAGAAGAGAUGUGUGUGUGUGUGUGUGUGUGUGUGUGAUGGAUGUUAAAAGUGGGCCAAGAUGAUCAGCCGUUACCACAGAUCUAUAUUAUUGGAUUGGACUCUGCCUAUUAGCCGCUGUAGCCAGAAGCUAAAGCUAUUUUACAAAAAUUGGUUUAAUCAACUUUGGUGAAGUUUUAGUCAAAGUUGGUUGGGGUGCAUGAUAACAAAGAUGCUGAAAAACAACUCAAAACUACUUGUAUUCUGCUUUUCUCACACACACCUGUUGCCAAGGCCACCAGCCAAAAACAUCUGACAGCACAGAUUACUUUGAGGAUUUGCACACCAAAAGAACGUGCAAACAUUAAACCACCCCAAAAAAGCAGGACAUUCAGUGAGUUAGAACUUUAUGUUUUCAGGCUUUAUGUUUAAGUGAUUAGGAGAACUGGCUCAUUUGAACUCCUGCUCUACUGAUGGUCUGUCAGACAUUGGCUGACAGAUUGUCGCCUUAUUUUGACGUUAACUGAACCGAAACACCGAAUUCCUCAUCACUUCUACAUGUUAAGGUUUUCAAAGUCAAACUAGCAAGACUGACCUCCCUCCCACUUUCUCCAAAAAAACAAAAGAAAAAAGUUUUCAAUUAAAACCUGUUACCGACCUCUUAACUAGAUCUUCUUAUCUAUUUGCCAUUGUUUUAACAAUUAAUAGCAAAACAUUUGGCUCUUUUUCCGAUUCUUUGAUUGAUUUAGUCUUUUUCCUGACUCGGUGCUCAGCAACGGCGUUUGUGUGUCGCACAAUAGAGGCUUGACGUCCAGUCCAGUAAUAUGUAUUAUCAACGGUCUUUCUUUUUUCUGUUUUUUUGUUGUUGUUGUUUUUUCUGCCUCUCACUCAGUAUUCCUAUAAUUAUGUAGCUUUGCACCUUUCUGAACUCCUCCAGAAUGAAUUUCCUUCUAAAAACUCCCACAUGAAGUAUUCCAAAAGGCACGUGUGAAGAAAGUCCUCCUCACUCUCUAAGUAGCAACAGCAAACCAAACUCCACUGUACAAGAAGUCCCACUAAUACUGAACGUUUCCUCUACUGUAGCAGGUCCAAACAGCAGCAACCUCUGUAAAUACAACAGAUUUCCCUCUAUUGGGAAGUGAUUAGUAGCGAUCAGCAGAAAUGUUCUGCAGGAUCUACUUCUCAUUUGCACGGAAAGCUGUGGUGCUUCCGCUAAAAUAUGGAAUUCCUUUUCAUAGACACUUUAUUUUUAUAUCAGGGCUGGUGAAAUAUUUUCUUAGACAAAUUUCCGAAUAUGAGUAAACCUUUGGUGCAGCAAAAAAAACUAUCUUAUUAUAGUAGAAAAAUCCAACCUUUAAUUUGAGCACAUGAUGGGAAGCAAACACGACUUUGAAGGCACAUGGAUGAAGUUACAGCAUUUAAUUUCCCUUUGGGAUAAACAAUGUUUUUUUAUUAUUAUUAUUUGAAUUCUAUAUUAAAAAUAAAGUUGGAUCGCAAUCCAGAAGAUCUUAGAGGCCUAAAAGAGAUGCGUUGAUUUGAAAGGGAUUAUUAGGGAAACCAAUAAAGUAACUUUGUUGUAGAUUAUUUUCUUAAAGUUAAGAAAUUAAAGGUUGGAUUUUAAAAAUAAUCGGAUUGAAUUUAUGCCAUAUAAUUUAUUUAAAAGUCUUUUCUUGACCAAACGUUCCUGCUGCUGCAUCUUAUUUUAAAUGCAUAAAGGGAGGAGCAAAACUGGAUCAUUUCCCAUGAUUUAUUAUGACGAUGAUGAUGUCACCAAACCUUUUUUUUUUCUAUUAAUCUGUUGCUUGAAGUCUAGAACCAUCACUGACCACUUCAUCAUCUCUUGCUCAUCCAUUAAACCAUGAACAACAUCCAUCUGCUCUGUCAUUGAAACAAUUGAACGUGCAAAAGUAACAACAAUCCCAAUCAUGCCAUCAGGUUUCUAUCAGUUUCUCAUUAUUAUCAUAUAAUAACUCAUUCAGUCACACUGUGUGUGUCAGAGAGACAAAUCGCUGUAAAACAAGACAACAUUUAAUGCUGAUGAUGUAAGAGUCUUCUAUAGUCAGUGUGGUUAGUGUUUGCUGCUGUGUGCAGCAGUCUGUCUGUGCUCCCUGCAGAAUUCGCUGUAAUCUGUUCACUUCCUGUUUUAUCCUGGUUUAUCGGUAGCAAAUAACACACAAGCUUCAAACGAUGUUUCAUUUUUAAUCAGCUCACUGAAAGAUAUGAAAAGAAAAACUCGCUAAACUUCUCGUCUUCCUACAGCCUCCCUCCCCACUGAAGCGUUGUCGUCGCGGCGACCUGGAAGCGCUCAUGUGCGGGACGUGAUUGGUCGUUUCCAUCUGUUUCUGCAGAGCUGAAUUUGUUUUGACAAACCACCGUGACAUCUAAUUUUUCAGUCCAUUAUAAAAAAAAAAACUUAAAAAAAAAAAACAACUUUACAGCUUCGUGUUACAAAGUUAAACAACAAUUUGCACUUUUCGGACAUGAUGUGAUGUUUGGCCAUUUUUUACUUUAAUCACGGGCCUUACUGUCGUGACUGUGGCCUUCGUUUUCUCCAAUAGGUGCUUAAAUUCCAGUUACUGCUGGGAGAAGUUUCAACUUUCUUCCACACAUGAAGUCAUGACGGAAUAAAAAUCGUCUUGGUCACGUUUCUGGGAAUAAAUACACACAAUGUUUCGAUGCCAAGGUUUGAUCACAAUGCAUAAAAAAAAAAGAUUAUAAGGUGGCCCGUUCUUAAAAAGCAAUGUCACCCCCGAAUCAUUAUUAAGGACCAGGAGACGUCCAUAUGCUUCCAUACGGUGGGCAUGUAUUGCCUUGUCUUUGAAAACUGUGCCUCAUGUUCUGCUUGUGGUCUCGACUCUAAUAAAAGUGAACAACGUGGAAAAGCUCUUCCAGCACAUAUCAAGCAAAGUCGAGGAAUAAAAUGUGACAAAUUUGAUAACUUGUGUAUGUUGUUCUAUAUUUUAUACUGUAUGUGAUAACUGCAUUAUUGUAAGUGUUUGUGAAGUGUGUGUUUUUGUGAAAAGGGAGCAGGGUUGCCUGUUUUGUUGUUGUUUUUUUUUUCAAAACUGACCCAAACUGGUUCACAUUUGUGGUCGACGGUCAGGAAAUGUUUAGGUUGACGUGUGGCUGCAACCACAACUGAGACGUUGUUUUCCAAACGCGGUAUCAUUGACUUAAUUCAAAUAAAUAUUCUGUUUUUA